AUGAAGCAAUCAUUCCCAACUGAGAAUCUCAAGGGAUUGUUACUCAACCAUGCAGCGUGUGGGCCGUAUUAUAGUGUUGGAAGUUUCCUCCCCUUGUCUCAGGAUGGAGGAUCCCCCCCCCCUUGUCUCAGGAUGGAGGAUUCAUUCACUUGUCUCAGGAUGGGAGAUUCCUCCCCUUGUCUAAGGAUAGAGGAUUCCGCUAUUUGUCUAAUGAUGGCGGAAUCUACCAUUUGUCUCAGGGUAGAGGAUUCCUCCACUUGUCUCAGGAUAGAGGAUUCCUCCACUUGUCUCAAGAUGGAGGAUUCCUCCACUUGUCUGAGGGUGGACGUCUUCUAUCCAAAGAUGUUUUCCUUUAUUUUUAUAUUUCCCUUUUUUUUCUUUCUUUUUGUUUCCUUUCUUUCAUAUCUAUUUCUUUCUACGUUUCUUACUUUUUCUUUCACUUUGUUUUUUUUUCCUUUCACUUUUAUUCUUUCUUUCUCCUCUUUUUCUUCUCUCCUCUCCUAUCCUUCUCUCUCUCUUUCUCUCUCUCUCUUUUUCUCUCUCUCUCUCUCUCUUUCUCCCCUUUCUUGCUCAUUUCCUUUCUUUCACUUUCCCUUUUUUACUCUUUUUUUUUACCAGCAUCUUUUUUAA